AUGCAUGGACCAUCAUAUCUUCGCAACGUAACUAGGGAGGCUCGAUUGGAGUACUUUGCAAUCCUGAGAGAUGCGACUUUGACCAUAGCUCAACAAAAAGUGAAGAUCUUUGAGUGGGCGGAUAGGAAUGGAGUUGCGGAGCACCUUACUGCCUACAAUGUGAAUGAGACUUUGAUGAAAGAAGAAAUGAGACGAAAUGUUUCCCAGGUUAUGUCUGAACUACCCUAUGCAGUGCAGAGAAUGCAAGAAGUUAUAGAUAACGAAGAGCAAACUUAUGCACAGCAGCGCCAGGCUCUUCGUAAUCUAACGAUGGAAAAUCCGAUUCUUUAUCGCGCCGCCAAAUUUGUCAAUGACUUAUUUUCAAGGCGGUGUUGUGGAGGCAGAGGUGGUCCUGGUCCUCGUGGUGGUCCUGGUCCCCGUGGUGGUCCUAGACCCCGUGGUGGUCCAAGAGGACCUGGAAGACAAACGGAUUCAUCGUUUACUGGAUAUGACGAGGACAUGGAAGAAUCAAACACCAAUAAUAACACUAAAACAAGAGUAUCCGGU